AUUCAUCGCCUCUUCUUCUUGUUCAUCUUACUCUAACAUCAUGAUUCCUACAACUGGAUCCAAUUCUGUACCUCUGAUCCAAUAUACACAAUUGUCUCCAACUGAGUACUCACAACAGACUCUUGGUGUCAAGAGUGGCAUGAGAAUUGAGACUGAUCAGAUUCGGCUUGAGCCUAUUUUGCUUGAUCGUGAUGUUCCAGAGCUAUGGAAAGUGUACAAGAACCAUCCUGAACUUUGGACUUGGAUGCCUCAUGGUCCGGCGAUGACAUAUGAAGAAUUUUAUGAUGUACAAGCCAAGUUCUGUGCAGCCAAGGAUUUCUUCAACUGGAGUGUAUAUGUCUCUGCUCCUUCUUCUGCCCAGUCCGAUGAAGGAGUCAGCAUCAAGGAGGAAGAGGAGAAGAAGGAGAAGGAGAAGAAAAAGUGGGUACUGUGUGGAUCGAUCUGUCUAUUGGAUAUUUCAUUGCCGUUCCGUCGGUUUGAAGUAGGCAGUAUCUGGUUUCAUCCUUCAGUUCAUGGAACGUUUGUAGUAUUGGAAACGACAUAUGCAUUGUUGAGGUUCUCGUUUGAGCAGUUGCAGGCUGGACGAGUGCAAUGGAAGACUCAUUUCAAGAACAUUGCUUCUCAAAAGGCUGCCGUUAAAUUAGGAUUUGAUCUGGAUGGAAUACAUCGAAAGCAUAUGAUCCAUAUGGAUGGGACAUGGCGUCAUACGUAUUAUUAUUCCAUAACCGAUGAUGACUGGUUUGGACGAGAGGAAGAGACAGUGGAUGGCAGGCCUAAUCUGGAUGUUGCAGCAGCAGCAGCAGCAUUGAUUUCUGAGGGCAUGAAUGAUGGUCAAGCGACAUCGAAGGGAAGGCAGCAUCGGUUGGAGCAAUUGAUGGCAAGCCGUAAAAAUGAAGGCAAAGCCUUACCCGCAACUAUUGCUCUUGGUAAGGCGUUGGUAUGAAAUGGGAUGGCUUGGUGGCGAAAACUGUACCUCGAAAUCUCCCGAACGGACAAAAUGUGAAAGCAAGGUGACCAUGCUCUGACAGUAUAGAUCAAGAUGGGUAUAUAGAUAUGCUUUCUCACCCAUUUGCUCAAAUAAAGAAUAAAGACAAAUGAUAUUAGCUCUUUCUCAC